AUGGAGGAUUCCUCUUUUGAAGGCGCAACAACAGCUACCCUCCGCGAGCAUUUCAACCAAUGGGCUGCGACUGCCAAGCACCAAGAACAAAAUGUUCCACCGGGUCAAAAGCAUCAUACCCGGUCAGGUCGGUAUCGGUACUUCUUGAUGGUGGACCAGGAGGCCGUGGAAUCAGUGCUAAACGAGCCAAAACUGGACUUCAGUAAGUCAGCGUUUUUUCGUCUAGUUGAUGGCCAAUGGGAACCAGAGGUGUUAGAUGAUGAAGAGUUGGAGGCACUAAGCAGGCCUCCGGAGGAAUUUGAGCCUCUCGAGGGAUGUACUCUAGAGGACGUUGGUUGGAUGAAGAUACCUUUCCGGGACAGUGAGUUCACCGGUUUCGUGUGGUUUCAAUGUGAUACCAAUGGCUGGGAUAUGUUCUAUAUCCGUCCUCCCGAGAUGCAUUCCCCAACUAGUUUCUGA